ACGGUUGGCUGUCACUUCUAAGUGAGAGUCCAAAGUCGUCACUUGCCUUCUACGAGAGUCGCUCUGUAUAGCAACGUGACAAUACUUUGCUGUGCCUAUUGCAGGACUAUUGUCAUACAAGAAGAUCGCUGGUACUGUCUUGUAAUGGCCUACUGACUCACCGUCGCCGUCGCUAUAGUCUCAGUCGCCUCCCCGUGAUAUGUCUCGUGAAAGUGUAUGUGCAAAAAGAAUUCAAUCAUCAAGCGAGUCGAACCCUGGCUCCACGGUACCAAAAAAGCCAGCCAGCCCCCAACACAACACCGCCCUCUCCUCCCAAUAUCAAAAGAAGAUAGCAACCGCCACCACACCUUCCAGCUCAGGUGCAAAAAAGUGGUGGUUCGAAGGCUGCUUGGCGCGAGUAGUCUUGUUCAGAUUCUUCGCCACUCCAAGAGGGCUUCUGGUGUGAUGGCCGCUGGCGCCGGUAGUCUUGUUCAGGGUCUCGGCAGCUCCAGGGCGGAUCACAGAGGCGGUUUGCCGAUUGCGCUAAACAACCCGUUCUUCCUCUGGAAAGCGAUGCCAGUUUCAAGCAAUAUAAACCACCAAUUCAAAAGCCUUGGCGAGCAAGUCUUGCCAGUAAUUCUGAUUGUUUGCUUUGCGGCGCAGGUCGAGAUGGCUGCUAUCUACAGAAGCCACUCAUCUUGCAUGCUGUCGUAAUCCACAUACCACUCCCAGCUCUUGCAGUUUGUCCAGAUCGUAAAUCUCCUGAGAUGCUACGCUGGCCCGGCGAGGUUGGUAUGGCAUGAUAGCAUAGCCAUGGCGUAUACAGAAGAGUCGAGAUCCCCAGGAAGCCACCAAACUCCAGAGAUAUUUCUGUCCACUACAUCCCUGAUUCAAGCAUAGCGACCGCAGAGUACAGUAGCGAGACAGAAGGCUCCAGUGUAACACAGUCUGCAGUCCUGAG